CCCCAGUCCGAGAAACAAGGCCCCCCAACCCAACCCGGCCCUCCGCGUCGCUGCUCUGCACUCUGCCGCAGAGCCAGCAGCAGAGCGGCCGCCUGCCGGCCAUGGCGCGCGCCCCGAGCUGGUCGUCGCCCCUCGUCCUGGUGCUCAUCAUCGUGGCCACCGCCGUCGCCGCCGUGACCGCGUCGGAGGCGAUCAGGGUGCCCGCCGUCGGCAACUGGACGGAGGAGCUGCGCGGGGCCGCGACGACGAGGCGAGCCCGGCAGCGGCACGGGUGGCGCUCCCGGCGCCGGACGUUCGAGAACGGCCUCGGCCGUACGCCGCAGAUGGGGUGGAAUAGCUGGAACCACUUCGGCUGCGGGAUCAACGAGAACCUCAUCAAGCAGACAGCUGAUGCACUGGUCAACACUGGUCUGGCGAAAUUGGGCUAUGAGUAUGUUAAUAUAGAUGAUUGCUGGGCAGAAUCUGACAGGGACUACCAGGGAAACUUUGUUGCACAUAGACAAAACUUCCCUUCUGGCAUCAAGGCACUCGCAGAUUAUGUGCACGCAAAAGGGCUGAAGCUUGGCAUCUACAGUGAUGCUGGGACACGAACAUGCAGCCAAAAAAUGCCAGGAUCACUUGAUCAUGAAGAGCAGGAUGUGAAAACAUUUUCAUCUUGGGGUAUUGAUUAUCUGAAAUAUGACAACUGCAAUGAUGCUGGCAGGAGUGUAAUGGAGAGAUAUACUAAAAUGAGCAAUGCUAUGAAAACCUAUGGAAAGAACAUCUUCUUCUCGUUGUGUGAAUGGGGAAGAGAAAAUCCUGCUACCUGGGCAGGCAGCAUGGGAAACAGCUGGAGAACAACUGAUGAUAUCGCUGACAACUGGGGCAGCAUGACAUCUCGUGCAGACCAGAAUGACAGAUGGGCUUCCUAUGCCGGACCUGGUGGGUGGAACGAUCCUGAUAUGCUUGAAGUGGGCAACGGUGGUAUGUCUGAGGCGGAGUACCGCUCUCACUUCAGCAUCUGGGCACUUGCCAAGGCUCCUCUUCUGAUCGGAUGCGACGUACGGUCGAUGAGCCAGCAGACAAAGGACAUACUCAGCAACUCAGAAGUCAUCGCUGUGAACCAAGAUAGUCUUGGUGUCCAAGGAAAGAAAGUGCAAUCCAACAAUGGCUUGGAGGUUUGGGCUGGGCCACUCAGCAACAACAGGAAGGCCGUGGUGCUCUGGAACCGGCAGGGCUACCAGGCAACCAUCACCGCACAAUGGUCGAGCAUCGGGCUUGCUUCAUCCACUGCUGUCACUGCUCGUGAUCUAUGGGCGCACUCAUCAUUCUCGGCUCAGGGCCAAUUAUCAGCUUCAGUGGCACCUCAUGACUGCAAGAUGUAUGUCCUGACACCAAAUUAACUUAUAGAAGACAUGAGCGGAGUCCAUAGUGUGGGAUGCAACCAUUCGAUCAAGAUUCAGGAAAAUGAGUAUGCAGGCAAGGAUUCUAAGAUAAGGAAACGAAAUAUCAUUGUUGUGGUGGGGGGAAUAAUUUAUAAUCUGUAAGUGUAUCUAAGGAGCCGUCAAAUGUCGGUGCCUGUAUUCUGAGUGUUUGCAACAAAAGUUGCAGCAAUAAAAUUGGCUUGCCCACCACUCUCUUUACGAGCAUGUUAACGGAUUUCAGAGAGCGGGAGAAAUAUACCCAUCAUAGUUC